AUGGAACGAAUGAAGAGCAGCAUCACGGGCGACGCGCACUUUUUCGAAGAAAGCAUGAAUCUCGACCGGAUCCGUAAACUACUGGACAAUAAACUCGGCGUCGCCGGCCAUGCCGAGAAGCUCGAGGCCAUGAAAGCGCUACUCGCCAGUAUCUCGAAAGGCGAAGACGUCUCCAGUCUCUUUGCCGACGUGGUCAAGAACGUCAUUGUCGCCAGUGUCGAAGUCAAGAAACUCGUGUACAUGUACUUAGUUCACUACGCCGAUGCUACGCACCAGUGUCGUGAGUUAGCGCUCCUGAGCAUCAAUAGCUUUCAAAAGGAUUUAGCCGACCCGAACCAACUCAUCCGAGCUUUAGCGCUCCGAGUGAUGACCAGUAUCCGGGUCCGGGAGAUCCUUCAGAUUCAACUCAUUGCUAUUCGGAAAUGUGCAGCUGAUGACUCGCCCUAUGUGCGCAAGUGCGCGACAAACGCGAUCAGCAAAGUGUUUGUAGUGGACCCGGAGCAGAAGGACGUGCUGGCCGAGAUCAUUGGGACUCUCCUGCAUGACUCGAGUACGAUGGUGCUGGGCAGUGCCGUCCAGGCACUGAGUGAAGUGUGUCCAGAUCGUCUGGACCUGCUGCACGGUCCGUUUCGGAAAUUGUGUCACUUGUUGGCAGACAUUGAUGAGUGGGGACAGACAGUUACGUUGAAUGUGUUGACCCAGUACUGUCGUGACCAGUUUCAAGUCGUGGAAGAGCUGCAGCAGUCGAGGCAAAAUGAAGCGGAGAAGGACAAGGCGACAAAGUCCCGUAGAAAAAGUGGGUUUUAUUCGGAUGAGAAUGGAGAUAGUGACGACUCGGAGGAUGCAAACGAGAAGCUAAAGCUUCGACGGGGAGCAGACCGUUCGUUCGUGAACAAGUCGCCAUUUAUGCUUGGACGAGAAGGUUCCAGAGGAGAACCAGUGGCGUCUGUCGGCUCGGUGUUCCGCAGAGAUACGUUCGUGAGCGGCCUCGGAGCUGGAGAGAAACUGGAUGAAGACCACCGAUUGUUGCUACGCUCGUCGAUUCCACUGCUCAAAUCUAGGAACAGUGCAGUGGUGCUCGCUGUUGCGACGCUGCACUACUAUUGUGGCACGCACAGCAUGGCGUCGUCUACGCUCAUUGGCAAGUCGCUUGUGCGUAUCAUGCGCAACCAGCGGGAGAUUCAGUACGUUGUGCUCUCGGUCAUUUCGUCCAUGGCGAUGACACAUCCAAAUAUGUUUCGCCCGUUCUUGCAAGAAUUCUUUGUUCGCGCUACAGACCCGGCUUAUGCGAGAAAGCUAAAGCUCGAUAUUUUGACUGCACUUGUCACGAACGACAACGUGAGUAUUAUCCUGCGCGAGUUUCAGGCGUAUGUCCGCCAUGUAGACAAGUCCUUUGUGACCAUGACAGUUCGAGCUCUUGGACGCGUGGCAGAUGCCAUGCCAUCGGUCGCUGAGCGCUGCUUAAGCGGAUUGAUGCGUCUCGUGCGCUCGUCAAGUGAACAGGUUGUCGCCGAAAGUGUGGUGGUCAUUCGUCAGUUGCUCCAGCAGCAAACAAUCAAGAAAGACCGUCACCGUGUCGUGCGCUCCUUAGCUGCGAUGAUGGUGACUGGUCGUGUGACUAGUCCAUCGGCACGUGCUUCGAUUGUCUGGAUGCUGGGCGAGUUUAACGACGACGGGAUCGGCACUGUUUGCGCAGAAGAAUCGCUUCGACUGCUCGUAAAGAAUUUUUCAGAUGAAGCGACUGAGGUGCGGCUUCAGCUCUUGAAUCUUGCAGUCAAACUUGGUCUCCGUGAGUCACAGAAUCGGACUGUUCAACUUCUGCUUCAGUAUGUGAUGGAGCUAUGCAAGUUCGACAUUGACUACGAUGUGCGUGACCGCGCUCGUUUAGUCCGCGCUGCACUUUCUGGAGAUGCCAGUGUUGUGGACCCGCACAAGUUGUUUGCAAGUAAGAAGCCAGCACCGCUGAUCGGAUACGACGACGAAAGCAAGUCGCGCUUUACGCUCGGCACGCUCUCAAGUCUUGUGCGGCACAGUGUUCCAGGAUACCAUCCUCUGCCAAAUUGGCGAUUGUCCAAGCCAGACCCGUCGCUCCGUGACGAAUCCUCUUUGGUCGACAGUAACCGUGGCGGUUCCUCGCACCUUGGUUCCAGGGCUAUAGAAAAGGAAGAACGAAGAAGAAGUGAUAAACAGGGUUUUUACACGGACGAGAGUGCAUCCAGUUCCGAGUCAGACUCAGCGUCAUCGCACGACUCUGACCUCGGAAGUGGCUCGGAAGACGACUCUGAAGACAGUAGCAGCGAAGAAAGUCGAUCUAGUUCCGAGUCCGCUUCGUCUAGUUCACGGUCCGAAAGUGAGUCGGAGGAGUCGUCCCCUGAUACAAAAGAUCACCCUCGACGACGCCAGAAGGGUGGAAAAACAAAGCCGCCGCAGAAACGACAGCAGCCGAAGAAACCCGGGUCUAUCAACGCUUUUGGUCCGGUUGAUCUGUUGGGAUCGCCACCGGGUGGGUUCCCGGCUAACCCUCUGUCGCAAAUGGAUGGGACCGUGGCUGCACUAGCAGGCCCGACAUCCAACCUUCUGGGCGAUUUAAUGAAUCUGAGCGUCUCUUCGUCGAUGACUCCGCCUCCGCGUUACGAACUACUUUCUUCACUUGUUAGUAAUGGAUUGGAUAUUCACUACGCCUUCCUGCGCCAACCCUCGACGCACUCUCCAAGCAUGAAUGUCAUCCAGAUGUGGCUGGCGAAUAACUCAAGUGAGCCCAUUUCACGCAUCCAAGUUGUUGGCAAGAAUCCUCAGCAAGUUUUUCCAUUUCCAACUCUACCAGUGCUAUUCCCUGGUGGAUCAAAUUCGAUGGUACAGCUGCAUGUGGAUUUCAUGGGCGGUCUCGACACGGUCGCUCUAGAAAUUGAAACGAGUGCGCAUAGCUACGACGUCGACCUUCCGCCAGUUAUCGGGGAGCUAUUCAUCCCUCAACAAAUGAGCUUGGACGAUUUUGAACGACGUAUCGCCAUGACGGAUACGACGUCCCUCCACACCAGUGAAUUCGUCUUGCCAGCCCCUGUUCAAAUGACGGCUAUCGUACAGGCUGUCUUGAGGGAUUACAAUAUGGCGCAAAUUUAUGAAAUUGAUAACGUGGACGGUGUGGUAGGCAAGUGCAAGUUUGCCGGACGAUUUCGAAGUGGUGCCGCAAGCGCUGAACAUGUCCUGAUUGCCUUGGAGGUGCAACUGCAAGGGGGCAAAGGGCGACUUCUUGUAGUCAUGCGUGACUCUGUGCUCUCACAGCGGCUUGGUACAUGUAUUAGGCGAACUUUGUCGCUGCAAGAUGCACCAUCGGUUGGAUGUAUCGCUGACUCGCACUCUGUUGUACUGCGAUUAUCCCUACCGUGA